AAAAAAAAAAAAAAAAAUGAAAUGCAGAAAGUAAAAAUCAGGACUGUACCCGUGAAGAGAAAAGACUAGCACGUCACCUAUCAGAGGCGUGAAAGCAGCGCCUGUUCAAAGCGAACCGAGCGCGCGCGCAGGACACUAAGAAACUUCGUGCGUAAAAGCCAGACACGUCGCAGCACAGGAACGGAAUGAAAUUACAUUCUGAAGGACAGCUCUUUUGAGGUAAACGGUCAUGGAAGCUGACGGUUCUGCAGGGUUGGCGAAAUCAGCCGCCCUAAAGUUGUCCGAAAUGGGCGAAAGAACUAAACAGCUGGGCAGCGCGAUGCAAGACCCCAAGCGGAAGAGAAGGCUCAUUCUGGUGAUCGUCUGCGUCGCGCUUCUGCUUGACAACAUGCUCUACAUGGUGAUAGUUCCGAUCAUUCCCGAUUAUCUCGCAGAUUUAGAGUCCGAGCAGGCGGCGCGCGCCCAUGCCAACUCUUCGCUGGGCAGAGCAAACAGGGACAACCUGGACAUACAGAUAGGGGUGUUAUUCGCAUCCAAGGCCAUUCUGCAACUCAUGGUCAACCCCUUAUCGGGAACUUUCAUUGACCGCGUUGGAUACGACAUCCCACUGCUGAUCGGACUUCUGGUCAUGUUUGUUUCGACCUGUAUAUUUGCUUUUGCUAACAACUACGGGACCCUGUUCGCGGCGCGCAGCCUGCAGGGUCUGGGCUCGGCGUUUGCCGACACGUCUGGGAUCGCGAUGAUCGCGGAUAAAUACACAGAAGAAGCGGAAAGGAGCCGCGCGCUUGGCAUCGCGCUCGCGUUCAUCUCGUUCGGGAGCCUCGUGGCGCCUCCGUUCGGCAGUAUCCUAUAUGAAUUUGCAGGUAAACGGGUCCCGUUCAUAGUUCUGGCCUCUGUGUGCUUGGCAGACGGCAUUUUGCUCUUGACUGUGAUCAAACCUUUUUCUAACAGGACGCGCGAGAACAUGCCGGUCGGGACGCCCAUUUACCGGCUCAUGAUGGACCCGUACAUCGCCGUGGUGGCGGGCGCUCUGACCGUCUGUAACAUCCCGCUGGCGUUCCUCGAGCCCACCAUCGCCAACUGGAUGGAGAACACGAUGAACGCCACAAAGUGGGAGAUGGGUCUCAUCUGGCUGCCGGCCUUCUUGCCGCACGUGUUGGGGGUUUACAUCACUGUCCGCUUAGCCGCCAAGUACCCGGAGCUGCAGUGGUUCUACGGCGCGCUCGGUAUGGUCAUAAUAGGGGCCAGCUCCUGCACUGUGCCUGCUUGCAAAACCUUCGGCCAGCUGAUGCUUCCCCUGUGCGGAAUCUGCUUCGGCAUCGCUCUUGUGGACACGGCGCUUCUGCCCACUCUGGCCUUCCUGGUGGACGUGCGUCAUGUGUCCGUCUAUGGAAGCGUCUAUGCCAUCGCAGACAUCUCGUACUCGGUCGCCUACGCUAUGGGACCCAUAGUAGCAGGUCAGAUCGUACACAACCUGGGUUUCGUUCAGCUGAACCUUGGCAUGGGUCUGGUGAAUGUGCUUUACGCGCCGGCCUUGCUGCUGCUCCGCUGCGUGUGCCAGGUGAAGCCGUCCAACUCGGAGAGAAACGUGCUGCUGGAGGAAGGGGCGACGGGACUUUAUGACACCAUCCGAAUGGAGGAGCGCAAACUCAAGCGAAAAGGCUUGUGCGCCACCACGACUAACGCGUGUCCCGUGGACGGGGACGGAUUCUUCGAGCGGUCCAAAUCUUACUCGGAGGAGGAAUCGUCGGGACCCGAGUUCACUUAACCCUAAGACCUGACGCAUUUAUUUUAGUGACCCAGAGAUUAUAUCGCAAACAUUCAGCAUCUGAUGUGCAAUAUGUAUUCCCUGACUCAUGACUGUGUCCGCUCAGAGAAGUGUGUCUUUUAUGAUUUAUUUUAUUAGAUAGAAACUGUAACAUUUGGCUCUGAGAGACAUUCUCUCCUGUAGUGUGUAGAAGAAGAUGUGAGUAGAUGAAGUGCGUAGCUGCGUGAUGUAACUGCACAAAACCCAAAUAAAACCAGUGCUCACA